UCCUACAUUUAUUUGGUUGUCUCUAGUGGGAGCACGCAACGGUAAUUUGGUCGUCCGUGAAACUACUCAAAGAUGGUGUUGAAGGCUGUCUGCGUCCUGAAAGGAGCCGGAGAGACCACUGGGACCGUUUAUUUAGAGCAGGAGAAUGAUUCUGCCCCUGUCACGCUAACAGGAGAAAUCAAAGGCCUUACCCCUGGUGAGCAUGGUUUCCAUGUCCAUGUUUUCGGAGAUAAUACAAAUGGGUGCAUCAGUGCAGGUCCUCACUUCAAUCCCCACAACAAGAAUCAUGCCGGUCCUACUGAUGCAGAUAGACAUGUUGGAGACCUGGGGAAUGUGACUGCAGGAGCAGAUAAUGUUGCCAAGAUAAACAUUACUGACAAGAUGCUCACCCUCACGGGUCAGCACUCCAUCAUUGGCAGAACCAUGGUGAUCCACGAGAAGGCUGAUGACCUGGGAAAAGGAGGAAAUGAAGAAAGCCUGAAGACCGGUAAUGCAGGUGGACGUCUGGCCUGUGGAGUCAUUGGUAUCACCCAGUAAACCAUCCACCAGAACAUGAAGCACUGGAAACAGCUUUUCUCCCUAAAGCACUUAAUAAGACCAAUAUAGCUACUUGAUGUGGCAGUUUGUCUUUUUCAAUACUCUGACUUUUUGUUGACCAGUCAAGAGAGUAGAUAAGCCAUAUUAUCACCCUGUCCGUUCCUGUUGGCAGUUGUAUGUAUGGGUUUAUAUGUCUGGAUUAGUUUUGGUCCCAAAGAAUUGGUAACGCACAAAUAGCAUAUGUAUACAAUUUACAAAGUAAAUAAAUAGUUAAUCUGAA